UACUGCGCCUUGAUGGCGAUUGCGUACGGCACCUCUUUCUCCCUCUGUUUCUCCGGCGGCUGACGUCCCGCAGCUCUUUUGCGGCAGGCAUGCUUCCUCUCGCCGUAACGCUGUCCCAGUCGCAGCUCCGAAUGAUCUCAACAGUCGGCAUGGGCGUCCUCGUAGGAACCAGCAUGAUCGUCAUCAUCCCGGAGGGCAUUGAAACGAUCUAUAGUGCAUCGCGGAGCGUAGCGGUAGCCAUGAACCCUCCCGCCGCUGGAGUCCAAGCCCGUUCGUGGGAUCUCGGCGGGGGCCCGGACAUCUGGGCGCGGGAGGAGCAAACCGGCGACGGUGGAUUACCCGCGACGGUGGAGAUGCCGCCGCACACGCACGAGCACACGCACACACAUUCGCAUUCGCACGACGGCCACACAGAGGAGGAAGAGGCAGCGGAGGAAGCCGGCAACCCGCACAAGUGGAUCGGGCUGAGCCUGAUCACGGGGUUCAUCCUGAUGUACCUAAUCGACAGUCUCCCGAGCCACAGGCACGGCGCGGACGAGCCGCCCUACAUCGCCAUCGACAACCUGGGCGGGUCGAUGUCACCCUCGCCGCCCGGCGGCGGCGGCAGCAGCACAGCUACGACCAGGCCCAACAGCAUGACGUUGGGCCUCGUCAUCCACGCGGCGGCCGACGGGAUUGCACUGGGCGCGUCCUCGGCGAGCAGCAAUCUCGCGCUUGGCGCGAUCAUCUUCAUCGCUAUCAUGCUGCACAAGGCACCGGCGGCGUUUGGGUUGACCGCCGUGCUGCUGAGGGGCGGUGGGCUGGGAAAGCGCCAGGUUAGGACGCAUCUGCUCGUGUUUUCGAUGGCGGCACCGGUCGGCGCGCUGUUUACGUGGUUGGUCCUGGGAUUGUUGGGUGGCGGCGGCGAGGGGAUGCAGUUCUGGACCGGUGUGCUGCUGCUGUUCAGUGGUGGGACUUUCUUGUAUGUGGCGAUGCACACGAUGCAAGCCCAAGCCGCACAGCUGCAGGAGAACGGACAGAAGGGCACCGUCAAAGACGUUAUCGCGGCGGUUUUUGGAAUGGUUGUGCCGUUGGCCACGCAGAUUGGACAUCACCAUCAUCAUUGAAUCAACAAAAGCUUUGUGUACUUACCUUUACCUUCUUGUUAUAUAGAGAUCCCUUUUCCCCCUGCUUUUGAGUUGAUGUUUUGGUUUGCUUCUUCGAAAUGCAGUGGUUGGCUGAUACCGCAUUGCGAAUGAUGUAUGUACUUGUAUUGAUGGAAUCUCACUCGAUUUGCAACAGGUU